UCUGUGUGAUUCGAAAACUGCUGAAUUUUGUCCUGAGGAGUUGUAGCUCUUAUGUUGUCGCUUGAAACGUCGUGGACUUAAAACUACAAUCCAGUGAACUGUUUAAUUUAUUUUCAUUUCUAUAUAUUUAACCUGGAUGUCUGAUAAUAUUCAUAAAUUUAUUAAUUAUUGUUUACAGAAUCUUGAAAAUGGUGAACUCGAUCAAUAUGAAAGAUAUAAUGAUGAAGAACUGGCUGAGAGACUUAAUGAUUUGGAUCAGAACCUCUAUGAUGGGUGCCAAAUAACAAGGCGAGAGAGUAUUCUACUCAUAAUGGGACACAUCAUAAGGAAUCAUGUGAGUGGAACAGCUCUGCAGAGCCUACUGACAGUCUUGGAGGCACAUUUACCAGCUGGAACUGUAUUCCCUGCUUCCCAAUAUCUUUUUAUGAAGAACUUUAAAAACAGUGACAUCACUCUAAGAUUUCACUCAUACUGCCCUUCUUGUAUAACCUACAUUGGAAGUAAUGAUAUGUGGUGUGAAAAUUGUGACACAAAUGUGUCUGUAAGUGACUGCAUAGAUAAUGGCAAUUAUUUUAUAACAUUUGAUGUUAAAGAUCAAUUGUUAUCUAUGCUACAGAAUGAAGAUAUUUGUAAACACCUACAAAUUGGGGCAAAAAGGGGACUUUGUGAUUCCUAUGGAGGUCGAUUAUAUCGUAAACUCCCUCUCGAGAAUGAUGACAUUACUGUUUCAUUCAACACAGAUGGCGUUCAAGUAUUUGUUUCAUCAAGGUAUUCAAUAUGGCCAUUGCAGGUAAUGGUUAAUGAGUUACCUUAUGCUAUAAGAAGGAAAAACAUUUUUCUUGGUGGCUUAUGGUUUGGUGACUCUAAACCUGACAUGAAUACCUUCCUCAAACCUUUUGUCACUGAAAUGAAUACACUAUCAGAUACUGGCUUUAAGUGGGGUACAGAAAAUGACAGCCACACCAGUAGGGUGUUUGUAACAACAUGCUCUUGUGACUCAGUAGCUCGCUGUCUUGUACAAAAUGUGACACAGUUCAAUGGUUGGUGUGGGUGUAAUUGGUGUUUGUCACAAGGUGAAGUAGUUUCAGUUGGUAGAGGGCAUGCAAGGGUUUAUAGUAUGGAGAACCAACUACCAGUUAAGAGGAAUAAAACUUCUCACAUAGAACAUGCGAGAACAGCUGUUCAGCAGGACAAACCUUGUAUGGGUGUCAAAGGUCCAUCAAUCUUGUUUCUUUUAAUGUAUUUUGACAUUGUAAACAAUUUUGUUGUUGACUAUAUGCAUUCUGUAUGUUUGGGUGUUGCACGCCAGGUAGCAGGGUUUUAG